AUUUUGUCUUUGGAUGAAACGGAUGCGACAUUUACCAGCAGCAAAAAGGGAAGUCAUUUCCGAUUCGUUCCUUCCGGUUAUCGAAGAGGAGUUCCUGGACCAACAGAACGUAAAAGAUCGUCCUACAGAGGCCAGAGUUUUCGGCAUGCUGCAGAUGAUGACUUGUGUUUUGGACUCAUUCGCUCACGGAGGUAAUGAUGUCAGCAAUGCUAUCGGUCCUCUGAUGGGUCUCUGGAUCGUGGGAGUUACACAGGAUGUCAACUCAAAAAUGGCUAAUCCGUACUGGAUCCUGAUCUACGGCGGCCUAGGGAUUGCUAUUGGUCUAUGGGUUUGGGGCCGGCGAGUUAUUCAAACGUUGGGAAAGGACUUAACAAAGAUAACCCCAACAAGCGGUGUUUCCAUAGAACUUGGUUCUGCUCUCACGGUGCUUCUAGCCAGCAAAGUUGGACUACCCGUAUCAACAACACAUUGCCAGGUCGGCUCUGUGAUUUGUGUGGGUCGCUACCGCUCACGCGAUAACGUCAACUGGGGAGUGUUUCGCAACAUCGCCAUCGCCUGGGUUGUGACGGUACCAGCCUCAGGCGGAAUCUCUGCUUUGCUAAUGUACCUGUUUAGUUUUGCCCUUUGAUAAGAUGACGUCCGAUUCAACGAUAUUUUGCUCAAUUUCAAAUUCCCAUCUCACUGGUUCCAUGUGUACUCGGGUCUCAUGGAAACAAAGCUUAGGAAAUAACUUCCCAUCUAUUUUUUCUACCUUUCUAUCAUCUGGUCUGAAAAUAGCCAACCGUCAAGUUGGAAGGCUUUUGUACACCGUUUUGUUAAUACCUGUCCCAACACACUGUAAUUAUUUUGCUGUUUGACGAAAAAGUGACUUACGCUUUUGAUUAUUUCUGUGCAUGCGCUGGUCGUUGUUCAGAAUAAAAUGGCUUAGCUCCGCUCAUGGAA